AUGUCUGAAAAAUUCUGUCACCGCUGCCGGAAAACCAAAGGUCUUGACCAGUUCCGACCUACCCGUCAAGGAGUAUCCUCUGCCUGUGCCUCAUGUCUUGAUGCCCGACAGCAUAGGGAGCGGGCAGAAGCACAGGACAGAAUUUUGAAUACUGUCAAAACUCUGCCUACACUUGAGGACUUUUAUGCCAAACUAGAAGCCGCCAAAGAAGAGGAAUAUCUCUCACACACAAUCCUUUUUCAGGGUGCUCAUUUUGUCCGGAUCACCUCAUUAGGCAAUGAAAACAUUGUGGAUGCGGGCCCUGAGAAUGAUGCAGGGAACGAAGCCUAUAGGACAAAAGCCGACAUAAUAAGUAGGCAAUGUGAGGAUAUACUUGGCUAUAGAUGGAGGUACCAUGAUAUGAUACAGCGGGUGGGAGUCAGGGGGGAGCUUCCUGCUUUCUUCUUCCGAUACCGAUGCGCCCAAGAUCAGCAAAUGCAGGAAAAGGCUCGGAAGACUACUGAUGUAUCCAAGCAACGAGACCGCCGAGCCAUGGCCUUUUUCAACUGUGAAAGCCAUCUACAUGUCACCCUCCAAAUAAUUCACAGCACAUUCACUGCCAAAAUUGACCUGAAACACACUGAUGACCACAUACCCUAUCGUGCUACACAACUUCCACCGGAAGCCUUGGAAAUGAUUGCCACCAAUAAGGAGAAACUGCUGAAAGAUGUCUGGCAAGAUGUUCGGAAUAAAUUUCCUAAUGCAUCAUUCAGCCGGGAUGCAGUAUACCACUACCAUCGUUCCCUUAAAAUGAAAGACUGGAAACUUGACCCUGACCCAGUCACAUCCGCCAACAUUCUUCUGAGAAGAGCAAGUGAAAUUGGUGCCUGGGAUGGCCUGCAUCAUCAGCUACAAGUUAUCGACCUGGGUAAAAAUGAGGACUAUGAAAUUGUGGGGAGGUCGGAUCAAGGAACUGAUAAUGGAUUCAGCCUGUAA